CCUCUCCUGGCACAGCUCAGUCAUCAUUGCACAGACUGGCACUCAUCUAGCACAGAGAGGGCACAAAUUGGCACACACCUAGCCCACAUACGGCACAGACUGGCACUCAUCUAGCACAGAGACAGCACAGACUGGCACACACCUAGCCCACAUACGGCACAGACUGGCACUCACCUAGCGCACAUACGGCACAGACCGACACACACCUAGCACAGAUACAACACAGCUGGCAUCACUGAUAGAGACAUGGCACAACCUGAAGGCACCAAACAAAACCCUAAAAAACACUUAGGGCAGGAUUAUGAGCAGCUGAGAGCGCAGAGUCUGCCGCCUAAUCCUCCCUUUGAGGACAAGGAAUUCCCUGCAAGCCAAGCCUCACUUGGGUCCAACAAACUGGGACCGGAAUCAAAUACAGCAAAAGGAAUUGUCUGGCUGAGACCGUCGGAAAUCCAUCCCAACCCCGAAUUCAUUACCAGUGGAGCAACACGUUUUGAUAUUUGUCAACAAGAUUUAGGGGACUGCUGGAUUCUGAGCUCAAUGGCAUGUCUCACACUCAAUGAAGAAUAUCUGUCCCUGGUUGUCCCUCAGGAUCAAAGCUUUAAGAACAACUAUGCGGGGAUCUUCCACUUCAGGUUCUGGCAGAGGGGCGACUGGACGGAUGUGGUUGUGGACGACAAACUCCCUACUACAGACAAGAAAUUGGUGUUUGUGAAAUCAGCUCAGGAGAAUGAGUUCUGGGCUGCACUGCUGGAGAAGGCUUUUGCCAAGCUGUAUGGAUCCUAUGAAGCCAUUUGGGGAAAAAACCCAAUCUUAGCAAUGGAGGAUCUCACAGGUGGAGUCUGUGAGAGUUACUCGCUGAAGAGCGCCCCAGGUGAUUUGUUCCAGACUAUACAGAGGUCUGUGAGAACCCAAUGCCUGCUCACCUGUUCAACUGAUAAAAAAAAGGAAGGAACUGAGGAAAGCAGCAUAGUUGCAGGACAUUCAUAUUCCAUCACCGGAGCAGAGGAGGUUCCCUAUGGCAAAGGGAAAGUGCAACUGAUCCGGCUGCGAAAUCCCUGGGGUUCUGCGGAAUGGAAGGGCGCAUGGAGAGAUGAUGGCCCUGAAUGGAAUGACGUUACCCCCGAAGUGAAAAAGGCUCUUCUCAAUAAGAUGGAAGAUGGAGAGUUUUGGAUGCCGUAUGCAGACGUGGUGAAAGAGUACAACACUGUGGAGAUUUGCUACGUGGCUUCCAGCUCUGGGGUUAACAUGAAGGAGCCGCACUGGAGCCUGACUCAGACAGGGGGGAGCUGGAAUAAGGGGAAUCCUGCAGAGACAUUUUUGGCCGACCCACGGUUCCGCUUUAAGCUGGAGGUGCCCGAUGAGGACCAGGCGGCAGCGGGAGAUGCGGCGCUCUGUACCGUCAUUGUCGCUCUGAUGCAGAAGACGGUCCCUAAGGAUAACAUCCUUGAUUUUCAAUUGUACGAGCUCCCUAAAGAGGUUUCCGCCCAGGUCCUAGUAAAGGAUCUGAAAUCUAUAAAGGACAUAAACGCUAAUCAGAGGAACAGUGGGAAGACAAAACAUUUCCGGGUGCCUAAGGGAGAGUACCUGAUUGUCCCCAAACCUUCUGAUCCCAAUCAAGAUAUAGAUUUUUGCAUCCGAGUCUUCUCCAUGAAAAAGGGUGGAGCUGCCUGAGUACCAACACAUGGAGAGGAUGCUGGAGACUCAAAUAUAUCUGAAUAUUAUGCUUGUGUGCCUAAACAUGUCGGUGUUUUGAAGUAACUGCAGCUUUUGUGCGCUUUGGGGUGUACCUGGGGCUUUUGAAAACCAAAUAAGCAGCAUCCUGCUCCUCAACUAGAGAUGUAGCGAACUGUUCGCCGGAGAACUAAUUAGCACGAAAAUCGGGUGUUCGCAAGUUCGCAAGUUC